AUGGACAAUACUUUGUCCACUGGAGAUGCGGGGAACGAGACGGAGCGGACGGACGAGAUGGAGUGGGGAAACGAGUGGGAGUGGAGGCAGAAACUGAAGAAGGCGCGGAAAGCUUUAGCGGAGGCAAGACGGCGGGAAGAGGAGCUGGAAGGAGUGGUGAGGGAGGGCGAGCGGGCGAUGGGGGAGCUGGAGGAGUGGAUUGGGCGCAAGGUGGACGCCAUGUCGUCGCUGGCUGCCGAGCUUCGCGAGGAGUGGCUGAAGGAAGCGGUGCUGUCUCGGGCCGAUGGAGCACGCAAGCGCGCGCGCAUGGCGGAUGGCUCGCCCUCGCAUCCGAUGAUGAUGAUGGAGAUGAGAUCUGAUAAGCCUCUUCCCCCUUCCCCGGCCCCUCAUCCGCUCUCAACCUCUGCACCACUCAUCACACUCCCUCCCUCCACUCCUCCUAAUCUGGCAGCUCUGUCUGCCCAUGCGGGGGCCAUCCGUUCAAUGGUGCAGGGAGUGCGGAGGCUGGCGUUCGGACUUGAGGUUCGAACGGCUCACACGGAUAAAAUUCAAGAGGAGAAAGAGGAAAGGGGGGAGAAGCCGCGGAAAAGGAAGAACGAGGAGAGGGGGGAGGUGCAGGAGGAGGGGGUGAGGGACGAGGCAGAGGAAACGAUGAAGAGAAUGGAUGAGCCGAUGGGAGAUGGACGUGUCGGUUCCGAGAACGAGACGUGGAAGCAAGGGUUUGGGGCAGGGCCAGGGUUCAAGCAAGAGGAAGGAGCAGGCAACGAAGCAGAGGAGGAGACCAGAAACGAAGCAGAGGGAGGGGACCAGCGGGGCACAGGGUUGGCAGAGCAAGGGGCAAAGCAAGGAGCAGAGCAAGGCGCAGAGCAGAGGGCAGGGCAACGGGCAAGGCAAGACCCAGAGCAAGGGGCAGGGAAAGGGGCAGAGCAAAGCCCAGAGCAAAGCCCAGAGCAAAGCCCAGAGCAAAGCCCAGAGCAAAGCCCAGAGCAAGGGGCAGAGCAAGAGGCAGGGCAAGGGACAGGGGAGGGGCGAUCGGCCGAUGUGGGCAGACAGUCAACGAGGCAAGCGGUUGCAGGAGAGGUAGCUGUGCAAGAGGAGGUAGUAGUGCAAGAGGAGGUAGCAGUGCAAGAGGAGGUAGCAGUGCAAGAGGAGGUAGCAGUGCAAGAGGAGGUAGCAGUGCAAGAGGAGGUAGCAGUGCAAGAGGAGGUAGCAGUGCAAGAGGAGGUAGCAGUGCAAGAGGAGGUAGCAGUGCAAGAGGAGGUAGCAGUGCAAGAGGAGGUAGCAGUGCAAGAGGAGGUAGCAGUGCAAGAGGAGGUAGCAGUGCAAGAGGAGGUAGCAGUGCAAGAGGAGGUAGCAGUGCAAGAGGAGGUAGCAGUGCAAGAGGAGGUAGCAGUGCAAGAGGAGGUAGCAGUGCAAGAGGAGGUAGCAGUGCAAGAGGAGGUAGCAGUGCAAGAGGAGGUAGCAGUGCAAGAGGAGGUAGCAGUGCAAGAGGAGGUAGCAGUGCAAGAGGAGGUAGCAGUGCAAGAGGAGGUAGCAGUGCAAGAGGAGGUAGCAGUGCAAGAGGAGGUAGCAGUGCAAGAGGAGGUAGCAGUGCAAGAGGAGGUAGCAGUGCAAGAGGAGGUAGCAGUGCAAGAGGAGGUAGCAGUGCAAGAGGAGGUAGCAGUGCAAGAGGAGGUAGCAGUGCAAGAGGAGGUAGCAGUGCAAGAGGAGGUAGCAGUGCAAGAGGAGGUAGCAGUGCAAGAGGAGGUAGCAGUGCAAGAGGAGGUUUUUGACAAUCUUUCCAUGGUGCAGCCACUCAUCUCUGCUGCCCACAGUGCAGGCAGCAGUGGGGGAGCGGGGGUGGAUUCAGAAGGAGCGGUUACAACGAAUGUGAAGGAGAGGCACGCAGACAGGGGAGGAGGGGGGGGCAGGGCGGGGAGAGCAGGGGGAACGCAGGUGAGGGCGGCGCAUCAGUGGCCGCCGGUGGGUGGGAGAGCAAGCGAAGCAGAGGUGAGGGGGCGGCUGCGGAGAAGGAUCGAUAGUUUACUGCGCGUCCGCCCUGAAAGGCUGCAGGUUGCUACGCUACGAAUCAGUUGGGUGGUGUCUCAGCUUUUGUCCCAAGACCCUGCUGCAAAAGAACUCUCCUUAAAUAGGCUUUCCCUCACCUACUACCUCCAUCUCACUCCCCACUGCUACCCAGACUUCCUACCAUCCCUCUCCACGCUCGCACUCCGCAUUGUCGACCCCGUCUCGCCAUUCGCCGUGAAACAACUCCUCAGCCUGCCCUCGCUCACAGCCCUGCACUUGCACGAGACGUCCAUCCGGUCAGAUGCCGUGCCGCUCUUCCAGUGCAUGUCUCGCCUCCAGCGCCUCGUCAUUGCAUGUGUUGAACCCUUUGACCUGCUUCCGAGCGGGACAGCAGCCAACCUGCCCCCAUCGUCUAACCCCGUCAGUGAACUCCGGCCAGUUCAGCCGUUUGAGAGCUUGAGGGAGCUGCAUGUGAGCCGGGUGACUGACUCGAUUCUGCAGCAGGUUGGGGUGCUGACGAGUCUUGAGGUCCUAUCCUGCACGUGCAGCAAGGGGGUGAGUUCCAGGGGAUGGAUGCACCUCAGGAGACUGGUGAACCUGAAGAGGCUGCAACUGGCGCCAACAAUCCUCCUUAAGAACCUGGGAUCAAACGACCACCACUUCGGAGGAGACUUCCGGCACCACCACUUCGGCCCCAAGCUACACUUGCACGAAAUUUGCUUGCCAGAGAUCGUCAGAACCUUCCAACGGCCUCCCAAGAAAGGGGCUGCCGCUGCAAGUGAAGACCCCGGCAACUGCAUCGACGGGAGCAUAUGGGAGGUGGUAGGCGCCCUGCCGGGCCUGGAGCACCUGGAGGUGCACGCAGCCGAGCCCAGCAGCACAGCAGUGAGAUCCGUCUCCAACAUCAGGCAGCUCAAAACCCUCCGCAUCACCGGCACUCUGCUUGACGAUUCUGACCUGCUGGGCUUGAGAGGCCUCUCGCUGCUCACCGACCUCAGCCUGGCUGCCUGCACGUUCGCAGCAGACCGGGCUGUGAGGUCGGUGAUUCAAGGCAUGACUCAGCUGCAGUCGCUGGACCUAUCGGGAACGGCCAUCAGCCAAGGCGCUGCUGUGCACCUGCGAGCACUUAAGCGGCUGGAGCGGUUGAAGCUGCAGCAGUGCAGCGGCAUGAGCAGGCUGUUUGUGCAGUGUCUCAGUUGUGUUUCUGCGCUGAGGGAGCUGGAUCUGGGCUGCAACAACAUGCAGCACGGUUGGCUGCUGCCCGUCCUGGAAGGGAAGAAGGUGACUCGGCUUAGGGUAGGGGGCUGCGGGUUUGUGGAGAGAACGUUGCGUGGGCUUCCACGGGCUUGGAUCGAGAUUGACUCAGAAUGGGAUGACGAUUGA